UUUGGCCGGCCGCCGCACAGGCUCCUGGGAGUCGCGGGCGGGCGGCUCCAAGGCCUUCUGGGAGCCGUAGUCCUUUCACGCGCUUCCGCGUUUGCCGGCCGCCGCGACCUGCCCGCGGCGCUUCUGCCCAGCCGACCCCUGCUGCCCGAUUCCCCCGCGAUGCCGGCCCCGCCCUGCGCCUCCUGCCACGCGGCCCGCGCCGCCCUCCGCAGGCCCCGCUCCGGACGCGCGCUGUGCGGCGCCUGCUUCUGCGCCGCCUUCGAGGCCGAGGUGCUGCACACGGUGCUCGCGGGCCGCCUGCUGCCGCCCGGCGCCGUCGUGGCCGUGGGCGCCUCGGGCGGAAAGGACUCCACGGUGCUUGCGCACGUGCUACGCGAGCUGGCGCCGCGCCUGCGCAUCUCGCUGCAACUCGUGGCCGUCGACGAGGGCAUCGGCGGCUACCGGGACGCGGCGCUGGCGGCCGUGCGGCGGCAGGCGGCGCGCUGGGACCUGCCGCUCACCGUCGUGGCCUACGCGGACCUCUUCGGGGGCUGGACGAUGGACACCAUAGCCCGCAGCACUGCCGGCUCCGGCCGCAGCCGUGCUUGCUGCACCUUCUGCGGGGUGCUGCGGCGCCGCGCCUUGGAGGAAGGGGCGCGCCUCGUGGGUGCCACGCACAUCGUGACGGGCCACAACGCCGACGACAUGGCGGAGACGGUGCUCAUGAACUUCCUGCGGGGCGACGCCGGGCGCCUGGCCCGCGGCGGGGGCCUGGGCUCUGCGGGCGAGGGGGGCGCCCUGCCGCGCUGCCGCCCGCUGCAGCUGGCCUCGCAGAAGGAGGUGGUGCUGUACGCGCACUUCCGCCGCCUCGACUACUUCUCCGAGGAGUGCGUCUACGCGCCCGAGGCCUUCCGCGGCCACGCGCGCGACCUGCUCAAGCGCCUGGAGGCGGCGCGGCCCUCGGUGGUGCUGGACCUUGUGCACUCGGCCGAGCGCCUGGCGCUGGCCCCGGCCGCGCGGCCCCCCGCCCCCGGCGCCUGCUCCCGCUGCGGGGCGCUGGCCAGCCGCGCGCUCUGCCAGGCCUGCGCCCUCCUGGACGGCCUGGACCGCGGCCGCCCGCGCCUGGCCAUCGGCAAGGGCCGCCGCGGGCUGGCUGAGGAGGGGCCGCCGGGCGCGCGCGGGGCCGUCCCCGCCUUCUAGGGCCGCUCACCUGGACGCCAGACCCGCGUUCUUUCCUUCUCCCGCUGCGCCUUGCCGUGAGGAGGGGGUGGCCUGGGUCCGAGGAGAGAGGGGCUGAGAGCACGGAUUCCUAGGUCCCACGGAGAAGGGGUCUUGGGGCCUGGACUCCUGGGUCCAAGGGAGGAGGGGCUGGGUCCAGAUGUCUGGGUCUGAGAGAGGAGGGUUCCGGUCCCAGACAUCUGGAGCUGAGGAGGAGAGGCUAACAGCUCAUGAUUCCUGAGUGAGUGGGGGUGAAGGGGCUGCCCCCCAGCGCCCCUACUGGGUUCUGGGUGUGCUCAGGCCCUCACUCUUCUUGAGCACCUACUGUGUGCCUGAUGCUUCCUUUCUCGUGGGAUAAGCAGGAUCACAUGAGGAGAGGGCUUCAGUCAUUUGCAGUGGUCAUCGCCACACGUCCUCAGGUGCUUCCUGUGAGCCCUUUCCAUGCAUCAUCUCAUUUCAUCCCAUCAUGACCGUUGCUGAGUAAACAGACUCAUACAGGUGUGGUGACUGGCCCAAGGUCACCAGUUUGAGAGGGGCAGAACCGGAAGUGGGCACCCACCCAGGUGGUCCUGGCUUCAGAGCUCUCCAAGACUGUGGAGUUGCCUCUCCCCCCCCCCUCCACUGACUCUCUUGGUGUCUCCAUGAUGGGUGAGGAGUGACUGGGUGGGCUCCCCUAAUCUCAGGCUCUGGAGGCAGGGCUGGGUGAGCCUGGGUCAGUGACUCUCAACUUCUCUGGUCUCUUCUGAAAAUGGAACUUGCAUUCCCCCUCCCCUGUUUAAAACUUGCUCAAUCCACAGUGGCUUCCUUGCUUGUGCCUGUGAAGGUUUGGCCACCAGGGGGCUCUGGGUUGCUGCCCUGCAGUUCCAGGAGGUGAAGCCCAGAAGCUUCCUCCCUGACCCCUGCAGAGACUUGGGUUUCUCAGUCCCACCUGUGAACUUUUGCUGGGCUGGUUCCCUUGUCAGGAAUGCCCUCCCUUUCCCACCUUCCUGCCCAAAUCCUCCGGGGUCCACCUGGGAGCCUUCCCUGAUGUUCUCUCAUCCAACUCAAUCCCAAAUCCCAACCUCUCAGUCCUGCCCUCAUUUGUGGCCGUCCAACCCUUUUGGGACUUGUUCACCCUAGUUGUAAUGAGCUUUGAGGGCAGAGACCAGAUCUCUCCCCCAACUGGAUAAUAAACAUUUAUUGAGAACCUAAUGUGUGCAGGGGUUGUUCUAGACAUUGGGGAUGGAAUGGCAGGAAAAAAAAAUCCCUCACUCAUGGAGCUUACAUUCUUCCAGGAGAAAGAUGAAAGGCAAGUAAA